GUGAUCAGGAGUCUGGGUUUACUUUAAAAUGUGGAAACCUGUGAAAAUGUUUGAUUUGUGUUUUGCACUCAGGGAAAUGUUUAAUUGGUGGUGACGUCAGAGUGGUGGGCGUGGUCGGGUUGUGAGUUUGGUUCCUGGACUUGGCAGCUGAGUGACACCUCUGUGCGCCCUGCUCUGUUCUUCCUCAGGUGAGGCAGGCCAGCAGCACCGGGACUCGGGCCGAGACAUGGACUGGGCAUUUCCUCCGAACCGGACCUUAACGGAGAUAAAACCUGCUUCCGGUCGCGCGCUAUGAGGAGAGCCCGGUGGAUCUUUGUUUCCGGAUCGGUGUGAAGUUUUUCAGCCAGGUGUGGCGGCUCCACCUGCGGGCAGCUGCCGCAGGGACUCCCCGCUCCGCUCCCAGACUUUGUUUUUUGUUUUUGUUUACUUGUUUGUUUGGACCUGGUCAUCAUGCCGGAGUUCAUCAGCGUGACGGAGUUUGUUGAGGAGACCAGUGAGGACUACAAAGCUCCCACCACCUCCAGCUUCACCACCCGGAUGUCCCACUGCAGGAACACCGUGGCAGACCUGGAGGAGGCUCUGGACGUGGACAGAUCCAUUCUGUUGAAGAUUAGGAAGUCCUUGAAGGCCAUCAGCGCCUCGGGUCUGAACCAUGUGGAGAAUGAGGAGCAGUACAUUCAGGCCAUGGAGAAGUUCGGACAAAACUGUGUGAACAAGGGGGACGCCGUGGUCGGCGCCGCCUUCCGUAAGUUCGCUGAGCAUAACAAAGAAAUGACGGCACUCUUCAAAAACCUGAUGCAGAACAUGAACGGCAUCACGUUCCCUCUGGGCAACCUGCUGAAGGGAGACCUGAAGGGAGUCAAAGGGGACCUAAAGAAGCCGUUCGACAGGUCCUGGAAGGAAUAUGAAACCAAGCUAGCAAAGAUUGAGAAGGAGAAGCGGGAACACGCCAAGCAACACGGAAUGAUUCGGACCGAGUUCAGAGGAGGAGAAAUCGCCGAGGACAUGGAGAAGGAAAGAAGAAUGUUUCAGCUUCAGAUGUGUGAGUAUCUGCUUAAAGUGAAUGAGAUCAAACUGAAGAAAGGUGUGGACUUCCUGCAGAACCUCAUCCAGUACUUCCACGCUCAGUGCAAUUUUUUCCAGGAUGGACUGAAAGCCGUGGAGAAUCUGAAACCAUCUAUGGAGAAACUGGUGACGGACCUGACUGCGAUCAAACAGAUUCAGGAUGGAGAGAAGAAGCAGCUGACUCAGCUUAAAGAUGUCCUGAAGGCAUCGCUGCAGUCGGAGCAGAAAGAGGACUCUCAGGCGAAGCAGAGCUCCGGCUACAGUCUCCAUCAGCUGCAGGGAGACAAGGCCUGUGGCACAGAACGCACCGGAGUCCUCUACAAGAGGAGUGAGGGGUUGAGGAAGGUGUGGCAGAAAAGAAAGUGUUCUGUUAAAAACGGCCUCCUGACCAUCUGCCACGGCACGGCGAACAAACCUCCAGCCAAGCUCAACCUACUCACCUGCCAGGUGAAGAGGAAUCCAGACGACAAGAAAAGCUUCGACCUGUUUUCUCAUGACAGAACCUACCACUUCCAGGCCGAGGAUGAGGGGGAGUGUCAGACCUGGGUGUCGGUGCUGCAGAACAGCAAGGAGGAGGCGCUGAACAAGGCCUUUAAAGGAGGUCAGGACGAAGGAGAGAACAACAUCGUGCAGGAGCUGACCAAAGCCAUCGUGGGGGAGGUGAGGCGGAUGAGCGGCAACGACAGCUGCUGCGACUGCGGCGCUGCAGGUCCCUCAUGGCUCUCCACCAACCUCGGGGUCCUGAUCUGCAUCGAGUGUUCGGGGAUCCACAGGGAGAUGGGGGUCCAUUACUCCAGGAUCCAGAGUCUGGACCUGGAUGUUCUGGGAACAUCUGAGCUGCUGUUGGCGAAGAACGUCGGAAAUGCCAACUUCAACGAGAUCAUGGAGGCAGAUCUGUCGGCGCAGGACGUGACCAAACCGGAUCCAAAGAGCGACAUGCAGAUGAGGAAGGACUACAUCACAGCCAAAUACACCGAGAAGCGUUUCGCCAAGCGGCUGUUUUCUGACGCCGAGCUGAGGCUGCAGGCGCUGUACGACUCCGUCCGGAACCGGGACAUCCUGUCGCUCAUCCAGGUCUACGCCGAGGGGGCGGACCUGAUGGAGGUCCUCCCACAGGCAAACGAGCACGAACCUGGGGAGACGGUGCUCCACCUGGCGGUCCGAAUGGUGGACAGGAACUCUCUGCACAUCGUGGACUUCCUGGCUCAGAACAGCGUAAAUCUGGACAAGCAGACGAGCAAAGGGAGCACCGCUCUGCAUUACUGCUGCCUGAUGAACAACAGCGAGUGUCUCAAACUGCUGCUGAGGGGGAAAGCUUCAGUUUCCUCCACAAACGAAGCAGGAGAAACUCCUCUGGACAUCGCCAGGCGCCUGCAGCACACUCAGUGUGAAGAACUGCUGACCCAGGCUCAGACGGGAAAGUUCAAUGUCCACGUCCACGUGGAGUAUGAGUGGCGACUCCAAAACGAGGACCUGGAUGAGAGCGAGGACGAGAUGGAGGACAAGCCCAUCCCAAACCGGCGCGAGGAACGUCCGGUCAGCUGCUUCGUGCCCGGCAGCGGCCCCAUGCAGACCAAUCUGGCGGCGCUGGCCCGCGAUGCUGUCUUGGUGGUACGGGACAAGCAGAGACCUCCCAUCCCGAGCAGCAUGAUCAGCAACGAGACGUACGGCACGAUGAUGGACCUGAACCUGCCUCCGCCGGGGCCGACACCCCCUCUGCCCCCCAGAGGUCCCAGCAGAGGUCCCAAUAAAACAUCAGCCAUGGAGUCACUAGGAAGACAGCGGUCCUCGUCGGACCCUCAGAACCCUGAGAGGAACACCUCCAUGUAUGUCCUCCCAGCCAUUCCUCCUCCUUCGCCCCCUCCUCCUCCUCCACCUCCAGCCAACAAGAAGUCCGGCACGUUGGAGACCAAGACCGGUUCGGCCAAGAACACCCCCCUGCCCCCCCUGCCGGUCUCAGUCCCUGCUGCUCCGCCUACAGUUUUAUCGCCGGUCCACUUUAAACCUCUACCCGUUCCCCCGCCUGCAGUGAGCCAACAGACCAGCAGACCACUAAGACCUCCACAACCACCAGGUCCUUCACAACCACCAGGUCCUUCACA